GGGGCAGCUGCGCCCCGGUGCCCCCACACGCGCAUAAGCGCACGCGAGCGCCCCGAACCCUCGGCCCCGCGGGGUUCGGCCGCCAGAUUCCGACACAGCAGGGUCCCCGCGGCCGGAGCCACUCGGCGCGCAGCGCUGCGGCCCCUCGGCGCGCCCCGACCGCUGGUGCAGGGAGGACGCACAGCAGCGCCUGCCUCGGUGGCCGCGCUGGUUAGGUGGGAGCCGAAAGCCUUUCCCGGCGCCUAAGCCAUGGUGGCCAAACAGCGGAUCCGGAUGGCUAACGAGAAGCACAGCAAGAACAUCACCCAGCGGGGGAACGUCGCCAAAACGCUGAGGCCGCAAGAAGAAAAAUAUCCUGUUGGACCAUGGCUACUGGCCCUGUUUGUUUUUGUUGUCUGUGGCUCAGCUAUCUUUCAGAUCAUCCAGAGCAUACGGAUGGGCAUGUGAGAAGGCCCCGGGGUUUGCCACCACCUCCCUCCCUCCAGAGGCCAGAGGAGCACAUCAGCUCUGCACCGGGCAUCUGUGGGGAGCAAACAAGCCACAGAGAACAGAGGAACGUCUGAGUCUCCCUCAGCUGUGCCCUGUUCAUUUCAUGGUGGAUGUCAGAAGAAAUCAGUUGCCUUCUUACAGGACAUCUUGGUGCUCAAGCGGAAAGGACUCGUUGUCUGCAGCCAGUUUUUUUUCCCCUUGGUUUCUCUCAUGUUUGCAUGUGACUCUCUGAACAAUCACUGGUUUACUUCCUACGGAGCCAAUCUCUCCUCCACUGGGAGCUGGUUUUACAAAUAAAUGUCUUUGUUCAACCUUACACCAUAUGCAGGGCACGGUGAGAAAACCGGAGUGAAGAAAAGAUCAGAAUAGCUCAAGAGGGAUGGGGUUGGGGUAGGAGAACUUGAUGACCCCGUUGGAAGAGGGUUCGGGGAAUCUGUGGCUGGAAAACCAGAGCUAGAUUUACCCAGCGGGGCCUUGGCAAGCACUCGAGACCUUUGCCUGAAAGGAAGCCCCAGGCAGCCCCGGUGACCUUGGGUUUUCCUUUAUUUUUUUAAUUUUUUUUUUGUUUGUUUUUUUCUUUUUUGUAGUUGCUCUCUUUUUUUCAAUCCAGAAAGGGUGCCGCCAAUGUGCAUUCAAGUUUGAUUAGCUGGUUUGUCCUCUGUUAUCUGCCUCAGGGUUUGGGGUGCAGCAGACACCCCAGGCCUCUUUGGGGAAAUGGAUUCUGGGUGGGGCAGGAUCCUCCUUGCCUUGUGGUGGCAGUGGUGGGGGUAGGUGGGGAGCACAGUGCUGUUGACUGGAAACUUCCCUUUUCCUGGGCAGCCAACCCCACCCGUGUCUCUCAAAGUGUGGUGCACCUGCCCCAGCUUAUGGGGAGAGGACAGCAAGGUGGGGGGAGCGAGGGGCGCCGAUACCCCAGAAAAUGCAGAUUCUUGGGCUUCCCCUCAAGCCACAGAAUUGCUGCAAGUAGGGCUAAGAAGAAGUGCUUUCAACAAGUUCUCUGGGUGAGACUUCUGUACUCUAAAUUUUGAGAACCUCUGAUCCAGAUAAAGUCCAGCUAAGGAGGGAAAGAGGCUUUGUCCCAUUCCAGAAACAUGAUGGCAGCUGGAGCUUGCUCUUAGGCAGAGUCUAUCACAGCAGGGAGAGGGGCAAGUCUGAUAUCUGGACUUCUCAUAUUGGCAAACAAAGUUAUAGGUACAGCCACCCAGGUCACUGACUAAAGAAAGAUGGACUCCAUGCAACUUUAAACAUGUCUUUAUUUUCUAAAAAUUCUACCUUGUUCUUGGCAUUUUUUUUCCACUCAUUAUUGUGAGAGGUUUAAAAAAGAAAGCAGCAGAAGUAGAAACGGCUUCUCUCCACCACUUAAGAGGCUAUGUCAUAAGUGGCUGUAGUGGUUUGGAGCUGUAUGUAUCCCAGAAAAACGUUCUUAAAUCUAAUCCAUUCCUGUGGGUGUGACCCAUUGUACGUAGGACAUUUUGAUGAGGUUACUUCAGUUAAGGCGUGCCCCACCUCAGUCAAGAUGGGUCUUAAUCCUAUUACCGGAGUCUUUGAUUAGCAGAGUGAAAUCCAGACAGAGAGGGAGAAAGCCAGGGGAAGCAAGAAGCUGAAGGUCAGUGGACCCAGGAAAUGAAGGGAGAGGCCAGGAGAGGCCGCCAUGUGCAUUGCCAUGUGACAGAAGAGCCCGGGACCAAGGGUCGCCAGCAGCCAGCCCCAGAGCACCCAUCUUUGGGAAGUAAGCAUCGUCUUGAUGACACCUUGAUUUGGACCUGAUUUGGACUUCCCUGAACCUCAAAACCGUGAGCCAUUAAAUUUCCAUUAUUUAAGCCAACCAUUGCAUGGUAUUUGCUUGAGCAGCCAAGGAAACUAAAAGUGACUUACUUCAAAUCAGAAGAAGGGGGCUUUAUGUCAUCUAGAGACUUCCAUCCUGGACCCUUGAGUGAUGUUCCUCCAGACUUUUCCCUGAGCCUUGCAGUUCUCCUCCCAAAGCACCCCUCUACCCUCCCUUCCUCUGCUCUCUUGGCUUCCCACUGGGAAGAGUAAGGGAGCAGGGCUGCCUUAAAAUUAGCAGCCCCCAGCACCAUCUACCACCCAGUUCUCCCUCACUAUCCCCCCUUCUGCUCCCGUCCCCUCCCAAGCAGGGAGAAGACAUUCCCCCUAAGUGGAUGCUCAGUGAGCUGGUCCCACACUCUGCUGCCUC